GACUUCAGUAAAUUACUUCAAUCCACCUUAAACAAGUUGUCAUUAAAAGUAUUUUUGCAUAACACUGAAUUAUCAAACAUGAUUAAUCCCAACAAGAGCUUCGUCUCUUUUCAGCUACUCUGUGGUUGUUGGUGGACAUAUUCGAGCUGUCAUGUGGACGUGUCUGUUCCAAUCUGUUGAUACGUUUACGAGAAUUUAUUUAAGAUAGACGAGGGAUUCGAGUCUUGGUUUUGGUGACGUAAAACCGUAAUUACGUAUACAAACUGAGAAUGCGAUGCCAGCACGUAGACGACACGUUGGCUCGGAGCUAGACCAUGAUUUCGUGAUCACAACCUCAAACAGCCCCUGGCAGGGUAGUAGCAUAAGUCAGCGGUAUAACAAUGAAAGUGAAGGGCGCGAUUUAACGGAGAACGAAAGAAAGCAAACGGACAUCCCACCAGCGACGAUGACGUCGCGCGACAGGACCAAUGAGUUCGUUAAUGCCAUCAGGUCGAUGCAGAGCAGGACCGUGGCUCGAGUGGUCUUGCAGAAUCCUCGUCGAGCACGCCAAUUACAGAGCUACUCGAAUUUUAUGAUGAUAGCUAAAAGUAUUGGAAAGAAUAUAGCGAGCACGUACACCAAGCUAGAAAAGCUUGCUCUAUUGGCAAAAAGAAAGUCUAUAUUUAAUGAUAGACAAAUGGAAAUUGAGGAACUAACAAAUAUCAUAAAAACAGACUUAAAGAGUUUAAAUCAUCAAAUAGGAAAGCUACAAGAACUUGGAAAGAAACAACGCGACGGAUAUGGUGCUACUCAAAGUCAUCAUAUAGCUUCUCAUUCAUCUUCUAUUGUUAUGGCCUUACAAUCAAAACUGGCAAAUAUGUCGACGCAUUUUAAAAAUGUGUUAGAAGUACGUUCUGAGAAUAUGAGAGAAGAACAAAGUAGGAGGCAGCAGUUCACUCAAGGCUCUGUAUCUACAAUGUUACCUCCAAGUGUUGUUGGAAAACAAGGAUCAUUAUUGUUCCAAGAACAAGACUCUGCCUCCUCUGUAGCUAUAGAUCUGGAACCAGCUAUGGGACAACUAACAUUGCAGCGCGCAAUUACCGAUGAUACUGAAGCAUAUGUUCAAUCGAGAGCUGAAACUAUGCAAAAUAUCGAAUCUACUAUCGUUGAACUUGGAGGAAUUUUUCAACAAUUAGCGCACAUGGUUAAGGAGCAGGAAGAAAUGGUCGAGAGGAUAGAUAGCAAUAUAGAAGAUACAGAAUUGAAUGUGGAGGCGGCACACGCGGAAAUCUUAAAAUAUUUCCAAUCUGUAACAAACAACAGGUGGUUAAUGAUAAAAAUAUUUGCAGUUCUCAUAUUUUUCUUUAUAUUUUUUGUAGUGUUUCUGGCAUAAAAUAAUUGUUAUAUUACUAUGCAUAUUUCUUUACGCAACUUUGUAGUUGACCAUCCAUAUCUAUUACUUGUAAUAUAAGAUCCAAGAGCAAGAUGAAUUUUUAUAAAAUUAUGACUCAUUAGCUAUAGAAUAAUAAUAUAUUCAUUGCAUUCCUUGACCUUUCUGUUGAAAUGUGAAUACUGUAAGUAUUAAUUAUUAAAAGGUGCAUCAGUGUAGAUUACACGCUACAUUGUUGUCUGUAUAAUGUAAAAAGGAAACUGUGGGUAAUAAAUGUAUAAUUUUCAAA